AUGGUGCGCCGUGCGCCGCUCUCGACUCUGGAGAAGGUGGCAGAGAUGGUGUGGGUUGACAGCAAGGACGGCGUAAUCGCCAUCACGAACGGCUUCUCUAUGGAUGUUGUCUACCAGGCCUCGCAGCCGCCGGGAAGCAGCGCUUGUCGCACGCGAGUCAGCUCUGCACUCAGCAGCGUAGCCAGCGACCACUGAGCUCUCUGCGACGGGGGCCUCAACGUAGACGAUGUGAACGACAGCGGCGACAUCCCUCUCGGCCGUGCGUCUGAGUCCAUCCGCAAGGAUCACACAGUCGAGACAGAAGGAAGUGCAGCUGCGGCAGGCGGUGCUUGCGAAAGGACUGAGAAAAAGCACCGCCUGCUGCGCGCGGAGCCGGAGACGAUGAACAAGAACCCGGGGCCCAUUGCUGUGGAGGACGCCAAGAAGGUGUCCAGGCAGACGGAGUCACUCGCAAUGCUCAACGCGUAA